AUGGAGAUAUUCGAUGUGUAUACGGGGACAAAGAAGAGAUGGAACGGACAGAACUUUGCAUUCAUCCGCAUCAAAAGAGUAAGAGACAUCAUUGGGUUAGAAGAGAAAGUCAAUUGUAUCACAUACAACGAGAAGAAACUAAUGGUGAACGUAUCCACCCAACUUAGGAAGAUGUCCCCACAGAGGAUAAAUAAACACCAAGUUAAACAACCAAUGAGACCCAACCCUAAACCUGGAGUUAGAGAUCAACGUUCCUAUGCAGCAGAUCGCUCGGGGCAUUUCCCCAAGCUCCUACUUUCCAAAGAAGGGCAAGUUCUCGAAAUCAAGUACAUUGGAGGUUUAAAAGUGUUACUCAGGUUUGAUAGCUCAAUUGAGGCUAGGAGUUUUAUGGAAAAUAAGCAAAUAUGGGUUGAGAACUUAAAAUGGGUUAAAUCGGGAGAAAUCCUGGAGAAAUUUUUUGAACGAGUUGCAUGGGUGAGAAUAGUGGGGCUACUAUUGAAACUUUGGGGAGAAAAGAACUUUGAAGACAUCUGUCGGAAGUUUGAGAAGACAAUUGCUCCAUAUGAUGAUGUGUAUCAUAUGCUGGAUAUGUCUUGCGUUAAAGUAGGCAUCAUUACAACAAGGAGAAUUAGGAUCAAUGAAGAAAUCGUGGUAGCCACUGAAGACCAGAGAUUCAAGGUUUGGGUAUUUGAAUUCGAUGAGGAUCGAUUCCCAUUUCAUUUUGGUUCAUCAAAAAACUUCUAUGAAGGGCAAUACAGUGAUGAUGAUGAGGAAAACUCAGAGGAUAAAGGAGGGAUAUCUGAAACAAGGAUGGAAGAAGAAGAUGAUGAGCUAGGAGAAGGAGAGAUCCUAAAAGAAAACCAUAAGGAUAUUAACAGAGUUGUGGAAAUCUUGGAGGAUCGUCGAAAGCAGUUGCCAGAGAAAUUACAUAUUGUUACCGGAGUUGACAAGGGUCCAACAGUACCCCCUAGUUAA